GUGAACAUUUGUCUCUUAGUGUUCGCUGAGGAGGGACUCAGCGAGCGCUGCUGUUCAGAGGCUGCCUCUCACUGGAAGGAUGCAGACGGGGAAAGAAGAGAUUCCACUACAGUUAAUUAAGGAGCACUCUGCACGUGCCUAUAAAUGCGAAGGGGCAAAUGAAUUCAGUGUCACUGGGAGCAGCUCUUUAAGGGGAAGCAGUGAUAAUUCAAAGGUGGAAUUGAAAGAGCUGUAAAUCUAUUUCCUGACUCUGGCUUGACGGUCAUUCGUGAAACACCGGACUGUUGCUAUCAAAGUGUGGAGCAGGGAGACAGAGUCAGCGGAGUUCCCUGCUUGAGCCAAAUCCACAGUUAUUGGAUGGGAUCAGCAUGAGCAGAAUUAUGGAUGGAUUUAUGCCAUUCUGUUGAGAUAUUUAUACACUCAUUUUUUGGGUUGCUCAGCUCUACCGGUCCUCAGCAGAUGUGUCCUGUCAUGUCCUGGCUGCUCUGCCUGUGCCUCUGGGUCAGUGUGACUGCCAUCCAGCUGUGUCAGGCCACUUUCUACGACACCAUCCAACAGCAUCCUGGGACAAGGCCUGGGCGGACCACAAUUCAUAUGAUUGAAGGGGGCACAUGUGAGGUAAUUGCUGCUCACAGAUGCUGUAAUAAGAAUCGUAUUGAGGAGCGGUCACAGACGGUCAAGUGUUCCUGUCUGCCGGGGAAGGUAGCUGGAACCACUAGAAACAGGCCUUCAUGUGUUGAUGCAUCCAUAGUAAUUGGGAAGUGGUGGUGUGAGAUGGAGCCUUGCCUGGAGGGGGAGGAAUGUAAGACGCUCCCUGACAACUCAGGCUGGAUGUGUUAUGCGGGGAACAAGAUCAAAACCACAAGGAACACUCAGCCAUACACAACAUCAACAUAUUAGCAUUUUGCGGAAGGGAUGCAAGUAAAGACCUCGGGUGCAGAGGAUAAUUUGCAGCGCUGUCGUAGGACCAAUUAACGCAAGAGACAAUGAACCUAUUGUUGCUUGAAGAAAUGCAGACACUUCUCAAAUUAAAGUGUAAAAAGAUGUAGAAUACAUAAAGCACAUUCUGCUCAAGGCUCCUGAAAAUACCGAUGCUCCAAGCUGCCUGCAGGAAACUUCAUCAUAACCUUGUAAUGAAUACAUUUUCCCCAUUUUUUUUCCAACUCUGAGACAGAACGAGACUGUCUGUGCAUUUGGAUUAAUAUCUGGAGAGAAUCUGACGUCCCUCCGUAGACAUCAGUAAGACAGAUGUGUACUACGAAGCACCAAACAGGAGAGGAAUAUAUCAAAGGACAUGGGAUGAGCAAGUGCAGAAGCUGACAGCCCUCAGGAUUUUCUUUACUCCUUUUAAUAUUAGAGGAAAAACAUUGUACAUAAUUUGUUUGUCCUUCAUUGUGUACAUGAACUAUUUAUGGUGGUGGUGAAUUUUCCCCCCUUCUAACCCACAAAAGAGCCAAAGUCUGAUGAGUUCACGUAUAAUAUGUUAGGAUGAAACAAAUGCAUUAUGAAGAAGAUGUUUUACAAAUACUGCUUGUGUGUCUUGAUACAUUUUGCCAUUUGUUUGUGUGGUACGUGUAUGCCUUUGAUAACCUCUUAAAUUGCUUUACCAAUUAAAUUUGGUGACAUGUCAGCUACCCUAAAACCUGUUGAUUCACCAAAACAUGUGAAACCAGUUAAACCAUUUCCAAAACUUGAAAUGCCUUAUUUGUGUUGGAUCAUUCAAAUGGUAAUACUGUACAUAUGAAGCCAUCUAUUGAUAUGUGCUGAAGUUUCAUUAAAGUCAGUGUUCCUGUUA